AGCAUCACCUCCAACGGGAAGCAGCAGCGCAGCAUCCGAUCGUCAUUAUAGAUAAGCUGCUGGCUGAGAUCUGCUUCACUCAGUGUAAAAUUACAGUGAGUCACGUGAAGAUGCGCUGUGGACCGGUGGCUUUGCCUCGUCCUUGAGCUCUUCCAGCUUGCGUUUGUGAAACUCCUUCAGCACUAACCACCGCCGUUCUUCCUCUAUAGCUCUUCUCACGCUCUCCAUGGCUAAUCUUCUGAGCUAUGUUUUGUUCCUGGCGCUCCGGACGUUCGCUGCCCCGCCGGAGUACAUCCAAGUGUGGCCCGGCGGCUCGACGCUGGCCCCGGGAGAUCUGGGCACGGUUGGCCCUUCUUUAGUUCCUCCUCCAGGAACCAGCAAACACGCGCCGCACAGCAUCAUCAUCGGCGUGCGGAAAGGAGGCACCAGAGCGUUGCUGGAAAUGCUGGAUAUCCAUCCCGAAGUAGCAGCGGCGGCCACCGAAGUUCACUUCUUCGACUGGGACGAGAACUACGGCAAAGGCUUCGAAUGGUACCGGGACCAAAUGCCCUAUUCGUACCCAAAUCAGAUCACCGUGGAAAAGACGCCGGGGUAUUUCACGUCUCCGGUGGCGCCUGCGCGGAUCCACGCCAUGAACUCUUCCAUCAGACUCUUGCUGAUCUUGAGAGACCCGACGGAGAGAGUCAUAUCGGACUAUACGGCGCUGGUGUAA